UGGAACUAAGCGGCAUUUGUAUGGGCAUAAGCGACGGAAACGUACUACGAAGGUCUUUGCUAUUAAGAUGUAAACAACUUUUCCCCAUUUGAAAAAGAUCAACAAAACAUCUUAGCAGUAUGUCAUUCCAAUUGAAUUUGCCACCCUCUGCCGUGGCAAAGUUGGCCAAAACAGAAGAUGACUUGCCAAAGAAAGUGUCCAGAGAGGAAUGGAGAAAACAGAAAGAGCUUGAGGAAGCAAGAAAGGCAGGAACAGCUCCAGCUAUGGUGGAUGAGGAAGGAAAAGAAAUAAAUCCUCACAUUCCUCAGUAUAUUAUGCAAGCUCCUUGGUAUUAUGGUGUAGAUGCAGCAACACUCAAGCAUCAGAGAGUUCAACCAGAGACAAUGAAACCUAUAUCUGAAGUGGGAGCAUGGUACAAAAGGGGUGUUAAACAGGGGUCAGUUGCUACAAAAUUCAGAAAAGGAGCAUGUCAAAACUGUGGUUCUAUGACACAUCAAAAGAAAGAUUGUUUUGAAAGACCAAGAAAGAUAGGAGCUAAGUUUACAGGGGACGAUAUUGCACCUGAUGAACAUCUACAACCCAACAUAGAUUUUAGCUAUGAAAGUAAGCGAGAUCGAUGGAAUGGCUUAGAUCCAGAAGAACACCAAAAAAAGAUUCAUGAAGAGUUUGCUCGUAUUGAAGAGGCAAAAAGAACUUUAAAAGAACAGAGUUUAGACUUGUCAUUAAUGGAAGGUGAUUCAGACAAAACAGAAAAGAAAACUGACAGUGAUGAUGAAGACAAGUAUGCAGAUAAUAUUGAUAUGCCUGGUCAGAAAUUUGAGACUAAACAGAGAAUUACAGUCAGAAAUUUACGUAUUAGAGAAGACACAGCUAAGUAUUUGUACAAUUUGGACGUGAACUCUGCAUUCUAUGAUCCAAAAACCAGAUCUAUGAGGGAAAAUCCAUUCCAAGGCAAAGACCAAGCUGAGGUGAAGUUUACAGGAGAUAAUUUUGUAAGAUUUUCUGGUGAUGCUGCUGAAUUUGCAUCAAAUCAAGUAUUUGCCUGGAAUGCCUAUGAGUCAGGAACAGAUGUUCAUCUGCAGGCAGACCCUACAAGGUUAGCAAUGCUGAAUAAAGAAGUAGAAAAGAGGAAAGAUGAUUUUAAAACUAGUUUAAAGGAGGGUGUUUUAGCUAAGUAUGGUGGAGAGGAACAUUUACAAGCCCCUCCUAAACACUUACUGAUGGCACAAACAGAAGAUUAUGUGGAAUAUUCUAGACAUGGAACUAUUAUUAAAGGAAAUGAGAAACCUGUUAUUAGAUCUAAAUACGAAGAAGAUGUGUAUAUAAAUAAUCAUUCAAGUGUAUGGGGAUCUUUUUGGUCAAAUGGAAAAUGGGGAUUCAAAUGUUGUUACUCAACCAUCAAAGAAUCAUACUGCACAGGAGAAGCAGGGAAAGAGGCAGCACAGAAUGAGAUAUUGGCCAUUGAGAAUGGAGAUGAAUCACCCGUAGAAGAAGAGCCACAAAAAUCAUUAUUAGAGCAACAUCAAGAGAAAAUGAACGGAAAGAAAAGAAAAAAGAAAAAGAAGAAGAAUAAACACAAGAAACAUAAAAAGAAGAGUUCAUCAGAAAGUAGUAGUGAAGAAUCUGAAGAUGAAGGAAAGAUAAACGCAAAGAAAUUGAAAAAGGCACUGACGAAAGAGGAUGAGCAUCGAAAGAAAGCAGAGGAGUUAUUACAAAUUGAUGAGAGGAAACGUCCAUAUAAUAGCAUGUAUGAGGCUGUAGUUCCUACAGAAGAGGAAAUGGAAGCAUGGAGAAUGAAAAACUUACGAAGUGACGAUCCUAUGGCUCAUUUUAAGUCAUAACUACUGUUGAUGUGAUACUAAAUAAUAUUGUUGAUGUAAAAUACUGUAAAUAAAAUAAUGGAAAAACUUGUACAAUGUACCGGUAAUACAAUUUCUUUCCUGAUAAUUCAGGACGAGUACACUA